UCCACCUCUCUCUCUCUCUCUCUCUGUCUCUCUCUUUUCUUUUCGCUCAGUGAGUCGCAGUAAAUCCUAUUGUGAUGCUAAACUGAUUUUCGGAAGAGAGAUAGAAAGCCAGAGAGAGAGAGACAGAGAGACAGGAAGAGAGGGGGUGUUUGGAUUUGUGUUUGAGCAGAUAUGAUUUGACCUUCGUUCAUUUCAGUUUUCCCACUUUCUCCUCUCAGUAAACUUUUUCACCUUCCCUCUAGACUCCAGCGGGUAGCUUGUGGGUGUUGGUGGAGUGUGUCUGUCAGAGGAUCAGCCGCUCUCAGCGCUUCAGGAAUGCACUUCGCAGGAAACGCAGCUCGGUGCUCGGACACCUCCUGCUUUCCUUUUCCCCCCCUUUUCUUAAUGAGGAGUUAUAAAUGAAUGAAGGAUAUGCGCUCGUGAAGUAGCGAUCGUUUUCUUCAGUCCGGUUCCCCCUUCCUCAGUCCGCCGGGCCGCAGCCGGGCUGAGGACAGAGGAGACCGGAGUGAGCACUCCCUCGCGGGGCAUGGAAAGCGGCGGCCGGGCGGUGCUCCAGCGGGCGUUGGGCGGUGGAGGAGGAGGAGGCGGCGGCUGGGUGCUGGUGGAGGCCCGGCUUCAGGGAGGAGCGCCGUGGGGCUUCACCCUGCAGGGCGGCCUGGAGCACGGAGAGCCGCUCAUCGUCUCCAAGGUAGAGGAGGGCGGUAAGGCAGAAAGUGUGGAGGUGCCUCUGCUGGUGGGGGAUGAGAUUAUCAUCAUUAACAACGUGGAGCUAACAGGAUACAGACAGGAGGCCAUCGCACUGGUGAAAGGAUCAUACAAGACUCUGCAGCUCACCGUCCGCAGGGAGAUUGAUCCAGGAUAUAUCGAGGAGUUUGGUACUUCAUAUCCAUCUCUACCCGCUCUUCCUCCUCCUUCUCCUCCUCCUCCUUCUCUAUUACCACCACAACAACAACAAACACCACCCUCAUCCCACCACUGCGGACCGUGUUCAGCAGACAGAGCCGAUCUAUACAUCAAGAACAGACGCAGUGAGUCAGCAUCUCGUCCUCACUCAUGGCACUCAACGAAGCUCACUGAAGGCCAGCAGGAAGAGGACCAUGGAGGGAUGGACACGAUGAGCAGUGCCUGGCAUCCUAGCUACCAUGCCAGUGCCUCGACUACAGACCUGUCUGGUGGGUUUGACUCUAGCAGCAGCUACCUGAGGAAGAGUCCGGACCAGUACAGCUCUAGGGGCAGCAUGGAGAGCCUGGACCCUAGUCAGUCCACCCAGCUUCACUCCGGAGCUCAGCACCACCGCCCACUGGCCAACCCCACCUACAGCGGACCCCACCCCGCCUAUUCCUCCUGCCACCAGCUGUCCUCUGCCAGGUCCUCCAACAGCAUUGACCACCUCCACAGCAAACGAGACUCCGCCUACUCCUCCUUCUCCACUAGCUCUAGUAUUCCAGAGUACCAUGCCUCCACCCCCUCCUUCAGCCCAGAGCGCUGCUAUUCACUGGAGACCGUCUCUCAGAGAGGAGGAGGAAGUGGAGAGAUGCAGCAGGCUGACAUACGUUACAUCCAGACUGUUUACAACACCCAGCAGGGCUUAUCUCAAAGGCAUGAGCUGAGCUCCACCUCCUCUGCAGUGCUAUGCAACAGCGAUUCCAAAGGCGAUGUAGGGAUGAGGCCGGACCUAAGCGAUCUGCAAGGUUCAAUGGGCAGGGUCUUUUGCCCAGGCAGCAGUUGCAGUAGCGGCAGUGGCAGCGGUGUUGGUGUACCAGUUUCAAACAGACACAGCGUGGGUCCUAUAUGGGGCCCGGCAGCCAGCCGCAGCUCCUAUGAAAGCCUAAAGGGGGCACCAGCUCCUCCAAGGCGCAGCGACAGCUAUGCAGCCAUCAGGAACCACGAGAGACCAAACUCCUGGUCCAGUCUAGAGCACGGCCGCUCACUACGGUCUUUACAGAAGGGUUCCUGGCAUCACUCCAGUGGCCCUGUGGCCUCAUGUGCAGCUAAAGGUUCGUACAGUGCUGAGGGUCAACUUCACACAGUUAUAGAGAAAAGCCCAGAGAGCAGCCCCACCACAAAGCCCCGACAGGGUGGAAGUUUUCCCCAGCCCUCUUCCCCUACAGGACCAGCAGGCCCCAGCCCCCAGUCUGGUCGGCUCAUUCUUCCCACCGAUAUGUACCCUGUCCCCCAGCCUGAGCCCCAGUAUGCACAGAUGCCCACCGUCAGCCCCAGGCCAGGCUCCUCCGGAGCCUACCCCGCUCUGGCAAAGGAGAGCAGCCGACAGCAGCACCAGGCCUUGCAUGGCGUCGGAGGGAGAGAGGAAGGAUCCACAGAGGCGCAGGGGGAUGGAAGGAUGAUAGCUACAGAAAAUGGAUACCAAAAUAACACUUCUUCCUCACCAUACCCAUAUUCCUCUUCCUCAGCAUCUGUCACACCACAGCUCAGGACUCAAGCACAAGAAGCAGACAGGCCUCAGCAGGAUGAGUGUAACUUUGGACUCUACAGACCCCUCCUGAAAACUGCUGGAGGGGGAACCGAGAGACAGGCAGGGGCCCAAAGGCCCCAAAACCACCAGGGACCUCACGGUCAGAGCUUGCAAGGGUCCCAUGUUCAUACAAGCCAGGGACCCCACAGCCUAGUGUUCCAGGAACAGAACCAGGAUUUCCAUAUUUCCCAUAUCCAGUCGACUCCUGGACUCAGGCCCCAAUCCUCACAAGAGUGGAGGGAACCCUGUACACCUGUCCAUUUGAGGGGAAGCAGGAGCAGAUCAAUGGAACAGACCAGCAUUGAUUCAGAGCAAGGGGCGUCCUCCAAGCUCACCCAGUUCAACUCACCUGUUCAACCUCAGCCUCAGGCUCCACCUCCUUCUACCUCCCAGCCUUCUUUCCAUCUCCUCAGUGACUCGUCAGCUCUUCAGUACCAGCACUGUGACCACAGAGAGCGGGACAAAGACAGAGAACACCCACUGACCCGCCUGGAGAUCGCCCUUGCCGAGGUCCAGCAAUGCGCGAGCCCCAACAGUGUCACCUCUGCGAGCAGCCAUGGCAACAGUAGCUCUGGUGAUGGCAGCCAGGGACCUGCCCGUAGCCUCUCUGUCCUGGAGAAGGUCAGUCGUUUCGAACGUCGGGAACGCACCGGAAAGCAGCGCAGUCAAAGCACCACCAACGUCCACAGCAAACCUACCCAUCGGAGGAUGUCUGAGAAAGGCCGCAGUGCCGCCUGUGGAGCAGAUGACCUCAGAAACAUGCUGGAGAGAAGCACCAAUGGGACCAGAGCACACAGGACUCUGAGCUGCAAGGGAAGCAGCAGUGAACACAUAAAAUACAGGACCCCAGCAGAUCCCAGUUCAGCCCUCCAGAGGAGUCGCAGCAGCUUCCAGCUGGAUGAAUCCAGGGAGGGUGACACCAGCAAAGAUUUCUCCUGGAGACAGGACAUCCAAGAGAUGCUGGGCUCCAUGCAGGACACAUCCUUCAACAGAUCUUAUAGGGACUCUUUGAAAGAUGCCCAGUCUAAAGUCCUGCGAUCCACCUCCUUCAGACGAAGAGACCUCAGCUCCUCGACCAGCCCUCCGCCUCCUGCAGUUCCUUCUCCCAUCUCCUCCUCCAUCAGCCAUCAGCCUCCGCCCGUCACUACCAAGCACCACAGCCUGGAGAAAAAAGGCCCAAAAACUAUGCCAAAACCACAGGGCAUUGUCAUUACACCACAGUCUGCACCACUGGUCACCUCCCCUCACACCCCGAAGGAGCGGCAUGUGGUUAGCCCAGAGAUUCGAGGGCCAAGCCCCCCAGCGCUCCCCAAAGUCCCGCCUGUUGGACCUCCUGUUCUGAUGCGGAUCUGCGGCCGCAAGCGUCUUGGAGCAGACCAGAAGAAGCGCUCAUACUCAGAGCCAGAGAACAUGAAUGAGGUCGGGAUUUCUGAUGACGAGACUGCUGACAUCUUCAGGCGUGGAGGAGAGACCAGCGUGGCAGACCGGCGGAAGAUGUUCGAGCUUGCAGCAAGUCGUGUCGGGAGCAGGGCUUCUCAAACUGCUACGUCAAGGCCCAACUUACGGCAGCUUCAGCACAGCGCUCUGGCUGAGUAUAUAGAGAGGAAGAGAGGCAUGAAAAGAGACGAGGGAGAACAGAGGAGUGGACUGAGGUCUCGCAGUGUGUAUCUACAGCCUGAAAACAGCAGUCAUACAGACACCCUCAGCCUCUCCUCCACUUCCAGCCUGCUCUCCCUCCAGGACUCUGGCACAGAUCCAAGCUUCUCCUCUGAAGAGAGGCGUCUCUGCUCCACUCUCCCUCCUGGUGCCGACCUGCGGAGCCUCGAGUCCAAUCUCUUCUACCCGGGCAGGGUGACCACUCCGAGGCCUCCGGUGCACCCACCUCCUAGUGCUCCUCCUGGCUCCUCUCCUGAGUCCCAGGCGCAGACCAUCCAGAAUCUCGCCCCUGCAACAGGGUUCAGUAGACAGAGUCAGUCAUCCAGCAGAGACUCAGGGCUGGACCAACAGCAGCUGGCCGCAGAUCCUCAGUACAACUUGGGACUCUCCAAGCAGCUCAACGGGGCCCUGCAAAGGGCCGGGUCAGCUCAGGGCACCAGGAAGUCGGCCUCUGUUGAGGAUCUCCUGGAGAGAUCUGAGGAGAGACAAACAACUCUUCAACACUACCGCUCCUCCCCAACAGUAGAGAGACUGAACCAGGACUUCCCUCCAGGUGAUGUCAGGACAUUUGGUGUUUUCAUUUCAGGACCUGGACGCCACUCUGUGCCUGAGGACAGAACUGCAGACAUCCAGGUAUCAGGGGACCUCGUCUCCCCUCAACACUCUGAGAACAGUAUGAACACCGUCCAGCCUGCAGGAUCGCAAGGCUCCUCCCACACUCCGGUCACUCGCAGGGAGCGACGGAGAAACUCAGAGCGGCAGCGAGCCAACAGCACCUCCACCUUGGCAGCCUCCGUUGGCCUGCCCUCCCCCUUUUCCCCAUCCGGGACUCAGGAUGAAGGUAACACUGAGUGGCAUGCUAGCGAGAGGCUGAGCCAGGCCAACCUGGAUGACAUAACCUUCCCAGGGAUCCCACCAACCAGCACAGGUGAUGGCUUUAACGCUACUGGCUCCAAUGAAACCCCGGUGACGGACAGACAGACAAGACACAGUUUGAGUGAUACCAGCGUAUUAGAAGACACUGCAAAGGACAUGUACAGAGGGAGAGCCUCCAGUUUAGAGAUGAGUAGAGAGCAUUCUGCAGAAAACAACAAUCGAGUUUCAUCGGUGACGCCAACACCCCUUCCCCAUUUCCAGCUUGCAGCCCCACCAAACAGGAAGGACAGCGGUAGCCCCAUGUCGUCUCCUUCCCCAUUCUCCCGUCCAUCCAUUUGCCAGCGCCUGUCCUCACUGCGAAUCUCCGAGUCCAGCCUCUUCAGCUCCAUCGACCAGCAGCAGCCACUAGAAACAAGCCUGUCGCAUUUUGACUUUGACGAGGUCUUCCUCCAAAAUCCUGCCCCUCUGUCACCUUCUCUGCCAAUCAAAGAGACAAGCUUCGUGGAAGACUUCCCUCCUCCUCCUUCUCCUCCUCCUCCUGCGCCAUCCCUCGAGUUGGUGCCAGAAGUUGGAAACCAGACUGUGGGAAGUCCUGGCGUGGAGGUCUUAAACAACCCCAUCAUUCCCACCCGGAAGUCUUCCCUCCACUCCCCUCCGAUGUCUCCUUCCUCCUCCAUCUUUCCUGCACCUAUGGCCAGCCUCUUUCCCUCCCUGAAGCCCUCCACCAUUACCUCCAUCACUAUAUCCACCACUUCCGAGGACAGCCUAAGUCUUCAGUACCAGCCCAUCCCCAAGAGGGAAAAGACAUCCGAGGAGCUGCGAGCAGAGGCGCUGGCCCGGCAGUUGGUCUUGCAGGACCGCUCUCUGGCACCCCUCCUGGACACGUGGGGGGGUAAAUCCACUGUAGAGCUCAUGGAGGAGAUCUUUCCAAACAGCAAAACGGUGGGGAAUUCACCAUGGCAACGCAGGGGUAGUAGCCAAUUGGAUGACAGGAUCCAAGAUGGGGUCUGUGACACAUCUCAGAGCACAGCGACAGAUCAUGGGAAGGAGGAAGAGAAAGACCUCAACACCAGGAAGGUGGAGCUGUGUGAGGCUCUGAGGUGCAGCGUGGCAGCUCUGCGGCAGGAGAAGGAGGCGCUGUGUGAGGAGCAGAGAUGUCACCAGGCGCUGGGGACGAGAAUCGAAACGCUGGUACAGGAACACCUCAAACCCAACGAGAAAGAGAAGUACAGCAUGUUCAUUGGAGAUCUGGAGAAGAUCGUGAACCUGCUGCUGUCUCUGUCCAGCCGGCUGUCGAGGAUUGACAGAUCUCUACUGGCUCUGGAGAGAGAGGAUCUGACGCAGGAGGACACAGCAGAGGAGAGGGAUUCCCUCCAUCACAAACGCUCUCUGCUCCUCUGUCAAACUGAAGACGCCCGGGAGCUGAAGGAGAACCUGGACCGGCGGCAGCGCGUGGUCCACGCCAUCCUGUCCGGCUACCUCACCGAACCGCAGCUUCAGGACUACCGUCGCUUCAUCAGCACCAAACCCUCUCUUCUGAUUUGCCAGCGGCGCCUUGACGACAGCAUACGUCAGGGAGAGGAGCAGCUGACGCGAUUGGCCGAGAGCCUGCCACAGGAGCUGGCUGAGGCUCACGGCUGGUCAAGAGGUUGUCCUUUCUCUUCGUCAAGCCCUGCACCCUACUCUUCUCCUUUCCCACCGCUGCUUCCUCCCUCUGUGAUACCAGGCCCCGCCCACUUAGUCCGAUCCACCACUGUGACAUCACUGUGAUGUAAUGGACAGGCCGCUAUUAUGAGUGGCAGUGAAGGACACGAUGGAGAGGAGAUAAUUGGCUUCCUAAAACUAACUCAGAGCUCGAGAGAUGUUCUAAAUUGAAGAAGCUUAACAUGAAGAAAGAGUUGGCCUGAAACGGGCUCUAUUCAUUCUGAAACUACUAUGCAGACUUCACACAUGUCGAAGAAAAGCCUUUAAUGUGCCUCAUUUUAUUCACACCCAACUGUACGUUACGUCUCUUUUCACCUUCACGCCAGCGCUGUGUGGACUGAAGUGACUGCUGCCAAUAUCUAAUGAUCCUCUGCUCUGAAAGGUGAUUUCAGGUUGGAAGUUCAGUGUUGAUUUUCAGUUCUGCUUGAAAGGACAAUUCCAGUGUCACGGGUCAUUCCCUGCAGUUUUCCAGAUUUCAUCAUGUCUGAAAUACUUGAUGUUUGCUUUCAGUGUCUCAGUAUUCUGAAUCUAUCUGAUUUCAAGCUGUAAAUGUAAAAUUCAGCUUUAAAUUUAUGUUCCAUUUUGCAGAUAGAUCAGAAACUCCCACAUUUCCAGAAAUAUUACAGAGUACUAGGGCUGACCCCGAAUAGUUGAAGAUUUGAUGCUUCGAUGGGCGGAGCCUGAUUUGACUGUGAGAAGCUUCAUGGCAAAACAAGGAUCAUGCCAUUUUGGCGAUAUGCGGGUGCUCAACGUCUGAUUUUACACAGAACUACCAAUUUUCUCCUAUAGUAAGUUAGUAUACAGCCUAUUACAAUAUACAGGCGCUGGUCAUAUAAUUAGAAUAUCAUCAAAAAGUUGAUUUAUUUCAGUAAUUCCAUUCAAAAAGUGAAACUUGGAUAUUAUAUUCAUUCAUUACACAC